AUGGCGACGACUAUACCCGGUAGUUUGGUCAACAAAACAAAAAAAUUCUUUAUGGGCAUGCCAGCUCCCUCUGGUUAUGUUCCAGGAGUAGGAAGAGGAGCAACGGGAUUCACAACUCGGUCGGAUAUUGGCCCAGCUCGUGAUCCAACUGAUGUUCCUGAAGCCGGUCCAGUCGGCCCAUCACAAGGACCUCCACCUGCGAAAAAAGCAAGAGAGGAAGAAGAACGUGAAGCCGAUGACUUGAACGAUGCCAAUUAUGAUGAGUUUAACGGCUAUAGUGGUUCGUUGUUCGCAAAAGAUCCUUAUGACCAAGAAGACGAAGACGCCGAUCGAGUAUAUGCGGAGGUUGAUGAUCGUUUGGACGAGAGACAUCGUGAUCGAAGAGAGAAAAAAUACAAAGAGCUUGUUGAGAAAUAUCAUAAAGAGAGACCAAAAAUCCAGCAAGAGUUUUCGGAUUUAAAGCGACAACUUGCUGAGGUAACUGACGAUGAGUGGCAAGCGAUUCCUGAGGUCGGAGAUUUGCGUAAUAAAGCAAAAAGAAACCCGAGAAACGAAAAGUUCACGCCGGUUCCUGAUUCGCUCAUUGCUAUGAGCAUGAAUUACGGUGCCAUGAACACCUCGAUCGAUGCAAACACGGGAAUGACAACGCCGUUCUCUAGUGGGAUGACUUCUACUUUUGGUGCUGGUACAAAAUCUGGAAUUCUUACGCCUGGAUGGAAAACUGGAAUUGAAACUGGCACUUCUAGUUCGAUUGAUCUCGAUUUAAAUAAAAUUGGACAGGCAAGAAAUAAGAUCAUGGAUAUUAAAUUGAAUCAAGUUUCGGAUUCAGUUUCUGGGCAAACAGUGGUUGAUCCUAAAGGAUAUUUGACCGAUUUGCAAUCUAUGAUCCCACAAUAUGGUGGAGAUGUUAACGACAUUAAAAAAGCUCGAAUGUUGCUAAAAUCUGUUCGAGAGACGAACCCUCGUCACCCUCCAGCGUGGAUUGCUAGUGCUGGAUUGGAAGAAGCAGUCGGAAAAUUGCAGACUGCUCGCAAUUUAAUUAUGGAAGGUUGUGAAAAAAACAAGACGUCUGAAGAAUUAUGGCUGGCCGCAAUUCGAAUGCAUCCACCCGAAUUGGGAAAGUCGAUUGUGGCUAACGCAGUGCGAGCGUGUCCCCACAGUGUGAGGUUGUGGAUACGAGCUGCAGAUUUGGAGACAGACCUCAAGGAUAAGAAGAAGGUUCUUCGAAAAGCGCUCGAACAAAUCCCGUCAUCUGUUCGUUUGUGGAAAGCGGCUGUUGAGCUAGAGGAACCGGAGGAGGCAAGAAUCCUGUUGACUCGAGCUGUCGAAUGUUGCAGUACAAGUACUGAAAUGUGGCUGGCUUUGGCGCGUCUUGAAACUUAUGAAGAGGCUCGUAAAGUGUUGAAUAAGGCCCGUGAACAUAUUCCGACCGACCGUCAUAUUUGGUUGAAUGCCGCACGGCUGGAAGAGACGAGAGGACAAAAGGACAUGGUGGACAGAAUAGUUGCGAAAGCAAUUUCAUCAUUGAAAGCAAACCAGGUUGAAAUCAAUCGCGAUCAGUGGAUGAAGGAUGCUAUCGAUGCAGAACAGGCGAAUUGUCCAUUAACAUGUCAAGCUAUUAUUCGAAAUGUGAUUGGCAUUGGUGUUGAAGAUGAAGAUAAGAAAGCGACAUGGCUUGAAGAUGCUGAAUCUUUCGAAAAACAACAAGCUUACACGUGUGCUCGUUCGGUAUUUGCAAUUGCUCUUAUCGAAAUGCCAAGAAAAAAGAGUAUUUGGAAUGCGGCUAUUCAGUUCGAAAAAGAUCAUGGAACAAUAAAAGAACACGAGGACAUUUUGCAAAAAGCCACUGAAAUUGUACCUGAAGUUGAAGUUUUUUGGCUGAUGCUCGCAAAAUUGCGAUUUGUUAACAAGCGAGUUGAAGAUGCCCGCAACACUUUGAAAGAUGCAUUCGAGAAGCAUGGCCAUCAAUCCGAGACAAUUUGGCUGGCGGCUACGAAAAUUGAAAUCGAGUCUGAUCAAUUCGAUACUGCAAGAUCGCUGUUUGUUAAAGCCAGAAAUAAGGCAUCUUCAGCCAGUGUCUGGAUGAAGAGUGCUCGUUUUGAAUGGUGCCUUGGUAAUUUGAAAGAAGCAAAAGAUCUUGUCGAGCAAGGUAUCAAACUCUACGAUGAUUAUCCGAAAUUGUAUCUUGUACUCGGUCAGAUCCUCGAACAGAUGAAAAAUGUCGAUGCAGCACGUACUGCCUACACGAGCGGAAUCCGAAAAUGUCCUGGAGUCGUGCCAUUGUGGGUAUCACUUGUGCGACUUGAGGAGAAUGCUGGACAAAUUGUUAAAGCUCGAGUUGAUUUGGAGAAAGCGAGACUCCGAAUUCCAAAAAAUGAAGAUUUGUGGCUGGAAUCGGUGCGAUUUGAAAUGCGUGUUGGAUGUCCAGAAUUGGCGAAAGAACGCAUGAGUCGCGCACUUCAAGAAUGCGACGGAAGUGGUAAACUGUGGGCUGAAGCAAUUUGGAUGGAGGGACCACACGGCAGACGCGCAAAGUCUAUCGAUGCGUUGAAACGGUGCGAACAUAACCCGCAUGUGCUCGUUGCGGCAGCACGACUAUUUUGGAGUGAAAGGAAGAUCAAGAAAGCGAAAGAAUGGUUCUUACGAGCUGUGAAUCUCGAUCCAGACAGCGGUGAUGCAUUUGCGAAUUAUCUUGCAUUCGAACAGAUCCAUGGAAAAGAGGAGGAUCGUAAAAAAGUGAUCGAGAAGUGCAUUCAAGCAGAUCCUCGACAUGGCGAUCUAUGGCAACAAAUGGCUCAACAGGUUGUCAAUGUGUACACGACGGCUUCUUCUGCGGACAAUUUAUCUCGACAUGAAAUGCUAAUGUGGGUUAACGAUUGUCUUCAAAGUCAAUUUACGAAGAUUGAGCAGCUUCAUACUGGAGCUGGAUAUUGUCUGUUUACUGAUUUUUUGUUUCCCGAUUCGAUUCAAUUGAAGAAAGUUAAAUGGAACAGUCGACUUGAGUUGGAUUGGUUAGCCAAUUGGAAACUUGUUCAAACUGCUUGGAAAAACAUUGGAGUUGAAAAAGUUGUUCCAGUAGACCGUCUAAUAAAGGGAAAAUUCCAGGAUAAUUUUGAAUUUCUUCAAUGGUUUAAGAAAUUAUUUGAUGCGAACUAUGACGGACAUGAGUAUGAUCCUGUUGCGGCUCGCGGUGGUGAGGAUUUGCCAUCUGAUGCUCCACCUGCGGCUUCUAAAGCGCCGAGCCGCAUGCCGGCGCGCAACGUUGCCGCCAAGCCUGUGACAACAGUUCGCAGUGCGAACGCAACAUCUGCUACUCGACCAAGUCCGGCGCGGCCUACUCCCACUUCUCGAGUUGGUCCAGCGGCGGCAUCGCAUUCGAACGGAAGUCGAACUGCUACUCAGGUUGCUGCCCAACCGACGAAACCAGCCCAAUCGAAUGUGGAUGCUCUACAAUUGAAGCAAAUGAAAGAGGAGCUGGAGGAGGUAAAUCGCCAACUUUCCGAAAGCGACAAUGUGAUCGCCAGCCUUGAAAAAGAACGUGACUUUUAUUUCAGUAAACUAAGAGCCAUUGAAGUUAUCUGUCAAGAUAAUGAAUCAAUUGGAAAUGUUGAAGUUUCCAGAAUAAUUGACGUUUUGUACGAAACUGAAGAAGGAUUCGCUCCACCAGACGAGGAUGCCAACGGCCAGUCAGAAGAAUUUUAA